UGUGUUCAGAAGACAGGAAGCAGAUUCAAUCUGUUGGGUAAAGAGCAUGCGGCUUAUUAUCACACUUCAGCUACAAGUGGAAGACAGUUUUCUGACCAUUUUAUAUGUGUGAAUAUAUCAGGAAGUCAUCAUAUUCAACGUCUCAACCAUGAACAAACGAAAGCUGAGUUUCAAAUGGUUUGGGAGCCUCACCAACCUCUCCAGCCGCCGGCCAACAGAGAAGGCCAACAUCAAGGCAGUCCCAGGGCAUGAUGGGAUCCUCGGCAGUGCCAAAUCAGCAGUGGGGGGCCAGUCGGUGGAUGACAUGGAGUCUUGUCUCCACAGCCCCAGCUACGCCCACUCCAGCGAAAUGUACACACACGUGGGCACUGUGCCUCGCAGCCAGAAGCAGAAGAAGAGCUGUAAGGGGAUGAAGGAGAAAGAGAAGAAGAAGAAGAAAGAGGGGGAGGAGGAGGGGGAGGAGGAGGCGGUGAGUGGAGGGCAGAUCCAGUGGAAGGCGGGGGAACAUGUCCGAGACUCCCCUCUGCUCAGUGCCCUGUCCAACCUCAGUUUGACCAGUCUGGACCGGCCUCUGCCUGUUUCUCCACUGGCCCGGCCGCUACCCGCCACCCCAACACCCAGCAGGGCUUCACCAUUGACCUCAGCACCUGAAAGCUUUGUCAGCGAUCCUUCAGUUGACCCCAUUAAGAGCCCAGAGGCUUUUUCAAGGAGCAAAGAUGCUUUAAAAGCUGAUAGACCUAUAAGAGAGCCUUCAAACAUGGCAACUAAUGGCCCCAAAAUGGCUUCAUUGCAGGAUGUGUAUGUGCCGAUGGACCCAAUAGGUGAAGCUGCUCACAGCCACGUGGAUGAACAAAAAGACAGACAGCGAGGUGUCAUAAGUAAACAGGAAACCAAAAAGACUGUAAACGGCUUGCAGGAAGUGCAGAGCGCUGACAGUCUGCAAGACUUGACUGACAGCAGUGGAGAAUAUGUCAAGUUCUCCAAAGACAAAUUCUGGUUGGAGCCGCCGUCUGAGAAACUGAAGAAGCAGCUGGAGGAGGAGCUGAAGCUGAGUGGCACCAACCUGAAGAGCCACGCCUGGUACCACGGACGUAUCCCCUGGGAGGUGUCGGAGAGCCUGGUGGUGAACCACGGCGACUUCCUCAUCAGAGACUCUCAGUCCUCUCAGGGGGAUGUUGUCCUCACCUGCCACUGGGAGCAGAAAACACUUCACUUCCUCAUCAGGAAGACGGUGGUUCAGUCUGGUGAGACGUACACUCGGGUCCAGUACAGCCUGGAAGGGGAGGCCUUUGAAUCUUUACCAGCUCUUGUUCACUUCUACGUGGGCAGUAAGGCGGCCCUGACCCGGUGGAGUGGAGCUCAGAUUCACAGGCCGGUGAACAGGACGUUGCCUCUCAGCUACCUGGAGACGGCCUUCUGCACAGCCGUCAGCCCGCCGUCUUGCUACAGCGGGCUGAAGAACUGCGGCGAGAGUGGAGAGGAGAGUGUCUGUCCGAGAAGUCCUUCCUCUCUCCACCAGAAGGAGGCAGAUGUAAACAGAGAGCAGGACGGCCAGCCUCUGCUGACUGCUGGAGAAUCCUCUCUCUCAACUCCGUACAACAACACUUCACAGUCUAGAAGCCCUAGCAUUAGCCGGGCAGCCAGUGUGGCUCCAUCCCCGUCCCUCUCCAGGUGCUUGGAUUCAUCCCAACCCCUGCCCUCUCCCAACAGCACUCUCCACAGACAGUCUAAUGACAGACCCCAACCUCAUCUUAACCAGGACUCCCAACCCCCUGAUACAGGUGGAAGCUGCUACACAGAGCUGUACCCCUGCCCUCAGAGCUACGUUGAGAGGCUGCAGGCGGAGGAAGGGUCAGUGGGCAUUGAUCCACUGAGGGUGGAGGACGGGAAUGUGUACUUUUCACCGGUGGUGGAGACGGUCUCUUCUUUCAAACCAAGCAGCUACGAGUCGCCUCUGAUGCCCAAGGAGAAUAAGCCUUUGGAGGUGGGCAUCCUGCGGAGGGUGAAGGAACUGCUAGCCGAGGUGGACCCCAGGACAGCGGCCAAACAUAUAACCAAGGCUGACUGCAUGGUGGCCAGAAUUCUGGAGGUGACUCCGGAGGUGCGAAGGAUGAUGGGAGUUAGUUAUGGGAUGGAGCUGCUCACGUUGCCACAUGGCCAACAGUUGAGACUGGACCUGCUGGAGAGGAUCCAAACCAUGGCGACCAUGUUGGCUGUCGAUGUGCUGGGCUGCACAGGGACGACUGAGGAGAGGGCUGGUCUGCUGCAUAAAAUCAUCCAAAUCGCUGCUGAGCUCAAGAGCACCAUGGGCAACAUGUUCGGCUUCGCUGCAGUCAUGAGAGCCUUAGAAUUGCCGCAGGUGUGCCGUUUGGAGCAGACCUGGAUGGCGUUACGGCAGCGACACACAGAGGGCGCUAUUCUCUAUGAGAAAACUCUGAGGCCAUUUAUGAAGAGUCUGAACGACGGGAGAGAAAGCUGUCCACUGUCCAACACCACUUUCCCCCACGUCCUACCCCUCCUGUCUCUGCUGGAGAAGAGCAUGGCGGUGGGUGAGGGCACAGAGCCGUGGGAAACAGUGGAAGUUGGGGUGGACGUGGUCAUGUUCCACCUAGGGGCAGCAAGGACCAUCGCUCAGCUGGGGGGCAUCUACCGCUCCAACGCUGAGAGCAAACUCCAAGGUUUCCAAGAGCAGUCGGAGGUCCUGGAGCUCUUCUUGACUGAUUUCCAGAUGAGGCUGCUGUGGGGGAGCAGGGGAGCCGAGGAGAGCCAGGUUCUGCGAUACGCCAAGUUUGACCAGGUGCUGACAGCCCUGUCCAACAAGCUGGAGCCGCCAGUCCAACCACACUGACACCAGACCUGUUUUUAAUACUUUUGUUUACCCUGGAUGAGCUUUGUCUGUUGGACACUGAGCAGCUCUUCUCAGCAGUUGGGGUUCUGAUGCCUAGCUCAAGUGCAACUGGAAAGUCAUUAAAAAGGGAGAGGACACUGAUGAUGAACACACUUCAUGCAUGUAGCAUGUAGACUCAAGACAUCUGAAUCAGAAUGAAACAGUACACCUUUGUCGGAGCUGGUUGGGAUUCGGAUUUCUGUAAAAAAGCACAUAGAUGAAUGCUAGCUCAAAUUUGUUCUCAUGUUAAAUGAUUAAUUUCUCAUAUCAGUAUUUUCUGUAGUUUUGAUGUUGAGCCCAAAUGAUUGUUGCAGGUUGGUGGGGCACUGAAAGUAUGAGGUAGUACUGCACCCUGGAGGAGAAAAAACACAAACCCAGAGUUGGCAAAAUGUACAGUCUUGUGGCAUCAAAGCUCCUGCUUUGGAGUAAUGUUGUUUUCACACAAACAAUCCUCAACACAGUCUCAUUUACCACUACCUGUAUUCUUAACUGAGUAUCUGUGUGUCAACGGCAGUCAGAAAUCAACUUUAUCCUGCCAACAUUUGUUGUUUAAGUGUCUUACCAGAGGACUUAAUCUGUCCCACAAUGAACCAAAAUGUGAACGUAAGAUAUCAGUGUAAAUAUGGGGUACUUUGCGAGGUUCUGUUGAGGUCUUGUUCCAGGAAGCCUGAGAUUUUAUGAAAAUAGUUAGUGCAAUGAGGCUGUGCCUCAGUUUGUUUGGUUACUGUAUAGAAAUGUUUGUAUGUCAGAAGGCCGGACCUUCAGCAACUCUCUGAACUAUAUGUCAUAUUGUACAACCCCAUAACAGAAUAACUUUGUAUCUACAUUUCCAUAUUUGGUAUUGUGUUUAUGACCAUGUGUUAAUUAUUAGGAUUUUCUACUUUGAAGUGAAUAUUUAAUGAGAUUACAGGUGCUGUAAUCAGUGCUGGGUCAGUUCACUAUCAGUUCAGUACUUUUGUUUAUUUUUUUAAACUUCCUUUUUUGCCUUUUUUUCCUCUUUUUCCUGUUAAAAAUGAAAGCUGUACAGUUGUUCACAUUAUCACACAUACUGUGUCUCUCAUUAUCACUAUGUGACACCACACAAGCACAGCCCACUGACACACACCAUUUGUAUUACCUUACAUAGUAUUAAUGUCUAAUAUUUAUCUGAAAUUUAAAAUGUAAAUAAACAUGUUUACCUCAA